AUGCAGGUCAGCGUGGUUGCCAAGAACACCUUCGUCCAUGUUACAAGCAGAGAGGAGCAAGACUUCGCAGAUGCAGGUCUGCCCCGUUGCAGCUCGUGCCCUUCUCUCGUCGCUUCCCGUGCGACCUCCCCAGAGUGUGCACACAGCGAGGGCCCUACUGUCACGCCGCUCUCCAAUCUCGGCUCUUGGGCCGACCUCGACUCCGACUCCGAGGACGAACGUCACCCCGCCUGCUUCACAUCGGCGGUGCUCAACGGCUACGCCUUCACGGACGCAGUCAACCCUACCACCACAUGGGGCGACAAGGCACCCGCACCAGGGGCGCCCGGGGGAGCGCGGCCGCCGGAAUGCGUGCGCACGCCUCUGAGCCGCAGUGCCUCCGCCUUCGUCCCGAGCAGCUCUCUCCACGACAAGGCUCCGGCAUUCCGCCCUUGGCCCGGGCAGGCGGUGAGCGACGCGUCGGACUCGCUGGUUCAUGGCGUCCAGUGGCAGGGAGCGAUUGGGACCCACGCGAACACCACCGUGGUGAUCCGCGGUCUGCCACACGGCUCCACACGUGAGGGCGUGCUCAAGAUUUUGAACAAGGAAGGGUUUGCAGGGCUUUACACUUUCUUGUACAUGCCCAUGGACUUCGAGACCAACAUGUGCAUGGGCUAUGUCUUCGUGAACCUGACUGAUGAGGAGCAGGCGCAGAACUUGAUCGCCACGUUCGACGGGCGUCCCCACCAUCAGGCGACUUACAAAUGCUGCAGCGCGGAGCUGUCCCGCACGCAGGGCCUGGCGGCGAACAUCGAGCGUUACCGGAACAGCCCCGUGAUGGGCAGCGAGGUCCCGGAUUGCUUCAAGCCCGUGCUGUUCGCGGGCGGACAGCGGGUGCCCUUCCCGGAGCCGACCCGGUGUCUGCCCGAAAUCGUGCGGCGAGCGAGGCCGCAGUAG